UUUAUUUAUUUAUAUUCUAUGGUCGACAUAUGUCGUAGUCGUAGAAAAAAAGUGUCUUCAGUUCAUCAUUUCAUGACAUCAGCGCAAAAUAUAAACAAAAAGGAGCAUACAUUUCCGCACAGACUUGUGAAAAGUGAAAUUUUGUAAAAAAAAAUUAAAAUGUCAACAAUUCCUCGUCCAAAAUCACCUCGGGCUCCUAAUGCUAUAAAAAGUGGAGAAAAAGAAGAAAGUUUCUGGGAUAAACUCGGAACACUUGGCAGGAAAAAGCGCAUCAAGGAAGUUCAAGAAGUUCAAGAAGAAGGAAAAUAUGCUAUCGAUUCGCCUGGUUAUCCAAAUCAGUGCGAUAUUCCUCCAGAGGAUUAUGUUAUUCGCGAUCUAGAGCAAAGAGCUGUAAUAGAUCCACAAUCAGCAAGGGAUCCUGAGUUAAUUAAAUUACAACAAAUUUUGAUCGAUUGGAUUAAUGAUGAACUUGCUGAACAACGAAUUAUUGUUCAGCGACUUGAUGAAGAUAUGUAUGAUGGACAGGUGCUCCAUAAGCUUUGGGAAAAAUUGACAGGCAGAAAACUUGAUGUAUUGGAAGUUACCCAAUCGGAAGAAGGUCAACGCCAAAAGCUUAGUAUUGUCUUAAGAGCAGUUAAUCAUACUCUUGGUUUCCACCAUAAAGUUCCAAAAUGGUCUGUUGAAAGUGUUCACUCCAAGAAUCUUGUAGCAAUUUUACAUUUGUUGGUUGCACUAGUUCGUCAUUUUCGUGCUCCCAUUCGUUUGCCAGAAAAUAUUUUCGUUACAGUAGUUAUUGCACAGAAAAACGCUGGAGUUCUCAACGCACAAAAAUUCCAAGAACAAAUAACUUCCGAAUACGAUGAUGUUGGUAUGCGCUGCGAAAAAGAUGCUUUCGACACUCUCUUCGAUUCUGCACCUGAAAAGCUAGCUGUAGUCAAGAAAUCAUUGAUUACAUUUGUUAACAAGCACUUGGCAAAAUUGAAUUUCGAAGUCAAUGACUUAAAUACCGACUUUCGAGAUGGUGUUUAUUUGUGUUUGUUGAUGGGACUACUGGGUGGAUUUUUCGUUCCACUUUACGAAUUUCAUUUGACACCUCGCGAUGUCGAUCAAAUGGUCCACAAUGUUGGAUUCUCAUUUGAUCUUAUGCAGGAUGUUGGCUUGCCAAAACCAAAAGCUAGACCUGAAGAUGUCGUUAACAUGGAUUUGAAAUCAACUCUUCGAGUACUUUACAACUUAUUUACCAAAUUUAGGAAUGUUGCCUAAGCAUAAAGUUUUCUUUGAGAUUUAAAAAAUUUUCUAGCAAAGAACUCAAAAUAUUAAAAUCUAGGGUGGAAUUCGUAGUCGUCACUUAAGUCAUAAUUUGUUUCAGGUACAAGUUUAAGAAGAAUUUUGUGAGGUAUUGCUCAAGCAUUUACUUCCGGAUAUCUUCGGUUCGUGUUCAUAAGCGAACAAUUUGGUUUUCUUCACAUUACAAGUAGCACAAGUGGUCAAAAGCCUGCACAAACUUUCACUUUGAAAAAAUUUCGACUUGAGUGACUGCUAUGAAUUUCACCAAUAAUCGACUUCGACUAUUUUAAAUGUUUUUGUAACUUGCCCUUAUUACAGUUUUUUUUUUUUUUUUUGUGUUUAACA